GUCUGACAUAACAUUUAUUCAUGUGUAACAAUGUAUAUAGCCUAUAAGGAAGUUGUUUAAUUUAACCUAGCUGGUUAAAUUUGUCAGCCUCGUGUCAGUGUGAGAGUCCAGGAGAGGCUCGUGCAGACACGAUUUAAGCUUCAUCCGCCCAGAGAAACAGUAUCAAAACCAGUGCAGCCUGAGGCUGCCCAAUAAGGACUCUCUCUCUCUCUCUCUCGCUCUCUCUCUUUCCCUUGCCUCUCGCAGUCUCCCCCACCCCUUCCUCUUUCGCCUCUCCCGCCUCCCAUAUUCACUCUGAGCUGCUCGGUAGCGCGCCUCGUGCAGCGGGCGGGCAAAACGACUCUGGGUUUAGUUCGCGAAAGAGCUUCUGACUGGCACUGCUUCCGUGAGCUUCCGUCUUCCAUGUGCGCUGCAUGGAUGUGCCUUUCGCACUGUCCAGCCAGUAACCGCGGCACGGCUCCAACAGCUCUGACAUGUCCAACCCUCCCCACGACCCGUUCUACGCCUCGCCGUUCGGACCCUUCUACCGGAGGCACGCGCCAUACAUGGUGCAGCCGGAGUACCGGAUUUACGAGAUGAACAAGCGGCUUCAGUCGCGAGCGGAGGAGAGCGAUAACCUGUGGUGGGAUGCCUUUGCCACUGAGUUCUUUGAGGAAGACGCCACGCUCACUCUAUCUUUCUGCUUAGAAGACGGCCCCAAGCGAUACACUAUCGGAAGGACGCUUAUCCCUCGUUACUUCAGCACGGUGUUUGAGGGCGGAGUCACAGAGCUGCACUACAUCCUGAGACACUCCAAAGAGUCCUUCCACAACAACUCCAUCUCACUCGACUGUGAACAGUGCACCAUGGUCACGCAACACGGCAAGCCCAUGUUUACUAAGGUUUGUACAGAGGGGCGUCUAAUUGUGGAGUUCUGUUUCGAUGACCUCAUGCGCAUUAAAGUGUGGCAUUUCACCAUCAGGCAGCAUCGUGAGCUUAUUCCCAGAAGCAUCCUUGCCAUGCACGCUCAGGAUCCACAGGUUCUUGAGCAGCUUUCCAAAAACAUCACCAGGAUGGGGUUUACCAACUUCACUCUAAACUACCUCAGAUUAUGUGUUAUCCUGGAGCCCAUGCAGGAGCUGAUGUCGAGACACAAGACGUACAACCUCAGCCCGCGGGAUUGCCUCAAGACCUGCCUUUUCCAGAAGUGGCAGAGGAUGGUAGCCCCUCCAGCUGGACCCCCCCAGAACUUCAAAUCGGAGAUAUUCUCCUCAAAUCACAAGAAAGAACCUGCCAGGCAGACCACCACCAAGAGGAGGAAGAGGAAGAAUUCCGCUAGCUCCGCCUCCAACAGUAGCCUAGGCAACAGCACCAACAGCAAGAAGCGUAGCCCAGCCAACAACUUCAGUUUAUCCAGCCAGGUACCUGACGUGAUGGUAGUGGGUGAGCCCACGCUGAUGGGUGGUGAGUUUGGGGAUGAGGAUGAGCGCCUGAUCACGCGUCUGGAGAACACGCAGUACGAUGCUGCCAAUGGCCUCGACGACAACGACCACUUCGGCCACUCCCCCGCCCCCACCAGCAACGGGCCCUGGAGCGCCAAGCCACCCCCGCCGGGACCCGACCCAAAAAAUGACAGCGCCCCCCCACAGCCCCCCCAGUGAGGCCUUGCCUAUAGACUGUCUCUUACACACACACACACACACACUCCUCACAACUACUCCUAAUAUCAGUCUCUUAGCUGAUGAUGUCAGUCAUCACGCCACCUACACCCUGACUACGCCCCUGUCCUCUAUAAGGUUUGGGAGCGCUCAGGCAAAACAGGACAUGAGGCGUUGCCUGGCAACACACCCAACAGACAGAACAGAGAUCCUUCACACACACACACACACACAUCAACCCAACGCAGCUGAACGUCUGGUUGCUCCAUACACACACACACGCACACCAACCCAAUGCAGCUGAACGUCUGGUCCCUCCAUACACACACACACACACACACACACACACACACACACACACACACACACACACCAACCCAAUGCAGCUGAACGUGAUUCCUUUUCCUGGUUUGGAGUUGGAGGAGUCAAGGUCCGCUCUGGUCAACUACCGAACAGUGUAAAACUUGUUACCAUGGUGAUUACAGUGAGCAGUGGCGUCAGCAACAAACAUAUCAAACAAAAAGGCCUGCACUUAUGACAAUGAAUGUCCCAUCAGGGACCAGUACAGUACUUCCUGUCAUAUCCUACCCUGCCUGAAAUAGAGCGGAAAAGUCGCCUCCUCCAUCUGCGGGUGUCUCUCCUCUGCACGGGACUUCCUGUCGCUUCCUGUUCUGUCCCGGCAGACUGGACCGCACUCAUCGUGCUUCAGCACCAUGCCGCUGAAGUCUCCUUGGAUUAUUUUAUGAAUCUAAUCAGUGAACCUUAUCUUCUCAUGCUUCUCUUGACUUGUCAGCUUUGUUGCAGGCUGACAGACAGAUGCGUCACCUGAACGUGUGACUGCCCUUUGUCCCAACCCGUCUCUCAAAACAGCAAUCUGCAUGUUCUUCAUGGAUGCCACAGGAGGUCUUUUUUCAGCCAUUUUAUUUCAACUUUGUUUUUAUUUUUUUUUCAGAUCUGUAGUUUUGUAAAUAGAAACGUCUGACAGCCCUUACACACACUCCCACUACUACACACACACACACAACCUCACAUACACACACACACACACACACACACACACACACACACACACACACACGCACAUAUGGCAGCUGCUUUAACAGGUUCUUUGUUCUGGUGGUGGUGGUGGUGGUGGUGGUGAUGAUGCUGAUGAUGAAGGCCCUCUAGAGACUGUUGUGUUGCUGGUUUCUCCUCUGAGCUGACCUGUGUCCCCCUCUGUCCAGUAAUGACCGCAGACACAUAUAAGAAUCUGAUGGAGAAUUUACUCCUGAUUACUGACUGGGAAACAUCAGAGAAACUAGCUUUGAUGGUAAACGUGAAGGUUUGAUCCUGUGACAUCACACACCAGGCAGUCCCCUAAAAAGAUUUUGUGUUCUCUUUACCCUUUCAACAAUGUAUGUAAUACCAUUCCAAAACACACACACACACACACACAUACAUAAAUACAUUCAUACACACUCUCUCAUACGUACACACACAGCUACUGAAACAGGUGAAUAUCUUUCAUCCUGUAUUUUGUAUUUAUUUCUGCAUUUUUGAGGAAGCUGCCAUCACUGGAAGUCUUGUAGAGCCUCAUAACUAUUGAAUCCCUGCACUGUGUGUGUAAGAUGUGGUGAAGGUGUUUCUGUGUUUCUCAUACCCGCACCGCAGUCUUGUGUGGAUGCUUUGCCAUUUUGUGUACCAAUAAAAUUGUGUUUAUCUGA